GCUUCCUAGAAAGCUGUGGACCCGCACCUGGUGGUUGUCGAUUGUAUAAAAAGGCCAGAAUAUCUUGAACGCUCUUGGCUAGUUGACCACCGUGAACGUCGUUUGUGGCAAGAAAGAGGAACAAUGACGUUCCUUAUAAUUGCGGUUGCCGCAUGUAUUCUGGACGUGGGAUUCGGCCGGUUAGCAACUCUUACCGUUCAACAAGGAGGCACCAAUGUAUCAUUACCUGGUUUUAGCACUGGCUUGGGUGGUACUGGUGGAUCAUGGUCCGGAGGCGGUGGGACGGGACUUUCAGGUUCUAUCGGUGGCGGCGGCGGCAGUGCCCUGGGGAGUGCCACGGGUGGCAGCAGUGGAGGCCUAACUACUUGGUCAAGUAGUUCAGGCGGCGGCGGCGGCUCGGGAACCAGUACUGGCGGCCUGGGAAUUUUAUCUGGUGGUUCAGGUUCAGGUUCUGGCGCUGGCGGCCAUGGUGGAUUAUCAACAUCUGGAGGUUUCGGUUCUGGCGGCUACGGUGGCAGCGGAGGAUCAUCGUAUGGUGGUUACGGUUCCGGAGGUGGACACUUUGGCACCGGUUCUGGGGGUUCAGCUUUUGGCAGUGGUGGCCACGGCGGCGGAUUAUCGUAUGGUGGUUCGGGAUCUGGCGGCGGUGGUUAUGGCGGAGCAGUGUCUGGUGGCUCAAGUGCUCACGGUAGUCAUGGCAUGAGCGGCGGUUCAGGAGGUUCUAGUGACAUUACCGUUGGUGGAACCGGUGGACCCGCAGGUGGUUCCUCCGGUGGCACCUAUGGCUUCGGCGGUGGUGGAUCAAGUGGCGCGUCGUUGGGUGGUUCGGCUUCUGGAGGCGCUGGCAACGGCGGAAGAGGCGGAACAAGUGGAACAGGCGGUGGUGCAUCGGGCACUUGGGGUUCUGGUGGUAGCUACGGCGGAGGCAUCAGCGGCGGAUCAGGGUUUGGUCUUUCGGGUUCUACCAGCGGUGGCUCAGGUGCUGGCGGCGUAAGACUUCCCGAAUUGUCGGGUAGCUCGGGUUCCACUAGCGGCAGCAUUGGAUUUGGGGGUGGAGCUGGGACUGGUUCAAGCUCUGGCAGCAGUUCUCAUGGCGGCGGAGCCUUAGGUGGCGGAUCAGCAUCUGGUGGUUCGAGUUCUUCUGGUGGUAGCUACGGCGCAGGCAGCAGCAGCGGAUCAGGGCUUGGUAUUUCAGGAUCUGGCGGCCCCAUUUCGGGCGGCUUCGGAACACGGCCAAGUCAGAUAGGUGGUUUCGGUGGUCAUGGCGUGAGCGCCGGUUUAGGAGGUUCUGGUGGCGGUUCCAUUGGUGGAAUCAGUGGAUCAGGAGGAGGUUCUUCUGGCGGCAGCAUUGGAUAUGGGAGUGGAGGUGAGACUGGUUCAAGUUCUGGCGUCGGUCCUCAUGGCGGUGGUUUAAGCAGCGGAUCAGGAUCUGGUGGUUCGAUUUCAGGUUCUUCUAGUGGUGGCUACGGCGGUGGAAGCAGCAGCGGCGGAUCAGGGUUUGGUCUUUCGGGUUCGACCAUCGGUGGCUCAGGUGCAGCUGGCGGAAGCCUGCCGGGAUUGUCGGGUAGCUUGGGAUCUGGCGGCAGCAUUUCGGGCGGCCCCGGAUCACGACCACUUCAGAUGGGUGGUUCCGGUGGCACCGGUGGCAGCCUUGGCGGAUCGGGGUCAGUUGUGACGGGAGGCUCUAGUGCUGGCGGUGGUAACGGGAUGGGCGGCGGUUCAGGAGGUUCUGGCGGCGGUUCCUUUGGUGGAAGCGGUGGAUUAGCCGGUGGUUCUUCUGGUGGUAGCUACGGCGGUGGAAGCAGCAGCGGCGGAUCAGGGUUUGGUCUUUCGGGUGCAGCUGGCGGAAGACUGCCGGGACUGUCGGGUAGCUUGGGAUCUGGCGGCAGCAUUUCGGGUGGCACCGGAUCACGGCCAAGUCAGAUAGGUGGUAUCGGUGGCUCCGGUGGUAGCCUUGGCGGAUCGGGGUCAGUUGUGACGGGAGGCUCUAGUGGUGGCGGUGGUUAUGGCGUGAGCGGUGGUUCAGGAGCUUCUGGUGGCGCUGCCUUUGGUGGAAGCGGUGGAUCAGCAGGUGGCUUGUCUGGCGGUGGUAUUGGGUUAGGAGGUGGAGCAGCGGGUGGUUCAGGUGCUGGCGGUCAGUUUGGCGGUGGAUUCUCAGGUGCUGGCGGUCAGUUCGGCGGUGGAUUGUCAGGGUCUACUAACAUCACCCAACUGCCAGGCAGCAGCGGAGUGCGGCCACAUUUGCCGGGUAUUUCAGGAUCUGGCAGCCGCCCGAAGUGCCCAAGACACGAGGCGUUUGGGAGUAGGUCCAGCAACUGCGGCGAAUGCAACUGCGACAUCUACGUUAAAACAAAACGCUUCGAUGGGGCUCCGAAAGCUUGCCUUGCCGACUUGCGCCCCAAGUGUUGGUGCAAGAGGUUAUACUGUCGCAAUAUUGACGGCAGAUGUGUUCGCAGACUGCAGUGCAACACCGUGACUGGGCAACAAUUUCAGAGUCAAUGAGCUUGUAUUAAAAUCCACUCAAGCAGCCUACGCAAAAA